GAGCUCUCGCGAUACUUUGGCGGUAAUCCAUGUCCAUCAUGGCGGCCAGUAAGUUGGUCCUGGAAGGUAGAGUAAGUGUAAAGAGCUUCCUCCUCGGUCUCAGCGUCGUCAUUAUCCCCCUCAUAAGAACCUGCUAUGGACACCUCGACUGGGUUUUUGAUUACCUGACGGAAACUCCCGGAAAAAUAGCAAUUAGUUUGCAUGUUGCUAUAGUGAAUGGCGUGCUGUUAGUCCUGUACAGGGGACCUUUGUACAAGGUUGCUGUAAGAGCCUGCUUUUUAGGAGUUACCUUUGGGUGUGGCUUGAUUAUAAGCUGCACCGAAACCACUUGGACCCAUUUUGGCUGGUAUAUGUGCUCCUUGGCCUUCUUCCAUUACUCGGAGUACCUGGUGACGGCCAUCAUUAACCCUCGCAGUCUGUCCCUGGACUCCUUCCUGCUCAACCACAGUGUGGAGUACACGCUAGCUGCCGUCUGCUCAUGGCUGGAGUUUACGCUGGAAAUGCUCACCUUUCCAGCGCUGAAGCAGCUGACCUGGUUGAGCGUGGCGGGUCUGUUCAUGGUGCUGUGUGGCGAGGCUUUGCGCAAGUCGGCCAUGUUGACGGCCGGCUCCAACUUCAACCACAUCGUCCAGAACGAGAAGGCCCACAGUCACGUGCUGGUCACCAGCGGGGUCUACGCUUUCUUCAGACACCCCUCCUACGUGGGCUGGUUCUACUGGAGCGUGGGAACACAGGUCCUGCUGUGCAACCCCAUAUGUACUCUGGGCUACACAAUAGCCAGCUGGAGGUUCUUCCGGGAGCGCAUCGAGGAGGAGGAGAUUUCCCUCAUCAACUUCUUUGCCGAGGACUAUGUGGAGUACAAAAAGAGGGUUCCCACUGGGCUGCCCUUCAUCUCAGGAAUCCGCGUCAACUAGGCCCCUAGGAGCGUCACUCCCGAGUGGGCUUGACUCCAAAAAGCAGGCCGGCCCUCUUGUCAGCGUGGUCACGGGGCCAAACGUGGGCUGGACCGCACUCACUCACUCGCUGGCGAAGACGCCACAGCGGGCACGGCGGCAAGCCAAGUGGACCGCUUUUACUUGACCAAACUCUACCAUCCAGUUAGAGAGACCAAAACCUUUCACCGUGUAUUCUAGUAGCACUUGUUUGCAGUUUUGUUUGCAUGCUUGGACCAUGCCAGCUGCUGCGCUCUUGUCCAUAGGGAGAGGGUUUUUGCUUUGCACAGGAACUUGUAAAAGCCCAGUUAGGCUGCAAAAAAAGGGAUUCCGUAUUAAUAUUACAUCUAUUUAAUAAUGUAUCUAAAUCAACUGUAUUUAGCUAAGAGAUAAAUCACGGGUUAGAGGUUGGUACAAUACUAUUCCCAAUGUUUAGGGUUAAUUGUGUGUAAAGUUGUUUACAUGUUGUCAAGGCAGGUAGCGAUUGGACUAGUGAUGCUGCUUCUACCUCCUGUAAUUCAUCUCCUUUAUGCAGAGCAGCAAAUUGUAACAUUUCCUGCCUGGAAGGGCUGUGAACAAGUACAACAUAUAGUAAGAUGUCAGUUCGCACAUUUAGUGAGCAAACAUUAAAAUCAUAAAUACAUACGUUUGUUUAGAGGCAAGAAACGGAAAGCACAAGCAAUUGUGACGCAGUAAAGAAUGACAUCGUGCUCUUCAAUGACAACUGCCCUCUUAUUAUUUAUUGUACUUCUCUUUUUUUUUUUAAUGACAAUAAAUCCAAUGUAUAGCUCUCAUAUGUAGCAAUGUUUACAAACGAACCUGGAUGAUAUCACUUUGUUUUUACUAUUGUUUGCACCCAUUAUGUUGUCUUCAUGCUCAGCAGGGCUGGUGAAAUAGUGAGUGAAGCCACUGUGAAGUCCAAUCAAGCACCGUCGAUGUACCGUAUUUUCCGCACCAUAAGGCGCCCUGGGUUAUAAGCCGCGCCUUCAAUGAACGGCAUAUUUCAAAACUUUGUCCACCUAUAAGCCGCCCCGUGUUGUAAGCCGCAUCUAACUGCGCUAAAGGAAUGUCAAAAAAACAGUCAGAUAGGUCAGUCAAACUUUAAUAAUAUAUUAAAAACCAGCGUGAUGUGGGCGCGCAUGGAGUCGUAUAUCAACAUGGACGGAGCUGCGUGAAAAAAGCCACCCGGCCUCUUCGCGUAAACUUACCUUAACCACUCGCUCAUCUUUUCUUCAUCCAUCCAUCCCUUCGAGUUAGCUUUUAUGAUGACGCCGGCUGGAAAGGUCUCUUUUGGCAAGGUCUUCCUUUUGAAUAUCACCAUGGGUGGAAGUUUCUGGCCAUUAGCAUGGCAAGCUAGAACCACAGUGAAGGAUGACUUCUCAUUCCCUGUGGUGCGAAUAUUCACCGUACGUGCUCCCGUUGUAUCCACAGUGCGGUUCACAGGAAUAUCAAAAGUCUGUGGAACCUCGUCCAUGUUGAUAAUGUUCUCUGGCCGGAUCUUUUUUUCAGCUAUCUUGUUUUUACAAUAUGCACGGAAAGUAGCCAGCUUUUCUUGAAAGUCUUUAGGCAGUUGCUGUGAAAUAGUAGUCCGUGUGCGGAUGGAGAGAUUGCGUCUUUUCAUGAACCGGAAACCUGUCGCUUAGUAGGAGCCAUUUUGUGGUCUUUACAGAUGUAAACACACAAAGGAAAUGAAACGUAAUAUCCGCGCGCUUCUUCUUCUUCUUCUACGUGGGCGGGUGGUUGCUUACAGUAGAAGAAGAAGCGCUUCCUGUUCUAUGGGGGCGGGUGCUUACCUUGGCGGUUGCUUGCGUAGAAGAAGAAGCACUUCCUCUUCUACGGGGAAAAAAGAUGGCGGCUGUUUACCGUAGUUGCGAGACCGAAACUUUAUGAAAAUGAAUCUUAAUAUUAAUCCAUAUAUAAAGCGCACCGGGUUAUAAGCCGCACUGUCAGCUUUUGAGUAAAUUUGUGGUUUUUAGGUGCGGCUAAUAGUGCGGAAAAUACGGUAAUCCAUUUCAUCACCUCUGCUCAGGCUAAAAACAAAUCCCAUUUUUCACAGUUUCUUGUAAUUGUCUUGUUUUUCUUAUCCUCAUCAAAUGAUCUGUUAGUUUUAUUUCUGUAAACUUAUUAAAUUAUUUGACAAUUUAA